AUGUUUUGGGCCGACAACGAAGGCGCUUCACUAGAGGUGCGAUUCUGUCUCUUUGGUGUCUUCAAGCAGCUCUUGUCCGCGUCUGAAAACAGGUGCAACAUACUGAAUUAUAUUUUGCUCAUAAUGCGGUACCAAGUUUGGUUUCGGUGCUGUGAGCCGGCUGGCGUGGCUGACAUCACCUACGAUGAGUACAGCGAGGAAGACGACAACCAAAGUGUCUGUUCUAGCGAGCCAGAAAGUGGGCGAGGUAGGGCCUACGUAAAAGGAUGGGCAUACUAUAAGAAACUGGACAAGUGUUACGUGUUCUAUUUCGGGGAUAACAUAUUUAGUGGAAACGAGAACAAAUUUAUGUCCGAAGCUGAGUGCAACGCAGCGUGCAGAGCUAAUGUUCCAAGAAAAUGCUACAAGAGCUCACCGACGAGCACCGGCAAUGGAAAUUGUUCAACGACGACUUAUAAUCCAAUGUUUGGAAGUUGUAAAAUGACGUGUGCGGACAUUCAAAAAGAUAAAGAUGAAAAUGUAUUCAACAACUUUGAGCGUUGCGAGUCAGAAUGUCUAGCCGAGGAUUUCCGCUUGUGUCUCAAUCCAACUGCGAAAAAAUGUGAUGCUCCAUUUUAUGAGUACAAUUCCCGGACACAAACCUGCGAGAAAAGUAGUGGUGAGUACUGCAGGGGAUUUGAAUCUUCCGAGGAUUGCUACAAACGCUGUGGAGUUCUCGUGGACCAAAAAUGCAAGCUUCCAAUUCAAAACAUAGGGGUCUGCGAAGAACCUAGUACAAGGUACGGGUACAACAAACUCAGCGACAAAUGCGAGGAAUUUCUAGGCUGCGACGAUGGCGGAAACAGUUUUGGGACAGCGAAAGAAUGUUGGAGACUCUGCGCUAGUCCCCUGAACCGAUGUUUCCUUCACCCGGACACUGGAAAAUUUGUAAAUGUUGGAUGGUAUGCCCGAUAUUAUUAUGAUAUCCAGGUCAACGAAUGUAAAGAGGCGAAAAAGGCUCGGAAGACAAUUCCUGGUGACAGGAACCUAUUUUUGACUUCCGAGGACUGCGAAAAACAUUGCAAACCAAAACACGAAGAGAAUCAUGCGAUUUAA